AUGGAAGUAAAAGCAGGUACGAAUGUGGUCUACACAAUCAAAAGUGAUGAGAAGUUGUUGUCUGGUUUAUCUGUAGUCAGAGGAACUGAACCCCAUAACAUCACAAUGACUUCAGAAAUGGUGAAGCAGCUCGGGUCUGGCUGCCACCACUUAACGCUUCAUGCAUCAAACAUGGUCACGUUCCUUGAAGUGUCCAAAGACCUGCAGCUCAGAGAAAAGAUGCUGGACACAAUGACUGAUGUAGUAAAAACAGAUGGCACCAAAAGUCCACAAGAAGUUCAGGUGUUAGCAGGAGCACUUGUUCCUCUCAUCAAGACAGGCGCUGAACUCAGUACAUCAGCACAGGAAGGGGCUGCUUUAUUAUUUGCAAACCUGAGUUCAUCUCUCCUCCACAUGGAUGUAAAUGCAAGUGAAGAAAACCAGGAAGCAAUGCUCACCACAGCCAACGUUAUUGUGGAGGGUUUGGACAACAUCCUCAACUAUUCAUCCAACAAGAAAAUCUCAGAUGCCAUUCUUGAUGCUCUGAACAAUAUACAGAGUGCACUGUUGUUUUUCAAGGAGCCAGAUGAGGACCCAACCAUAAUUCAGCAAACGCACAUCAAUGUGCUUGUCAGAAGAGUGUCACCAACAAGCUUGCACACAAACUCAAUAAAUAUUCCCAACUGUUCCUGCCCUGCAUUUUCUCUCCCCAAACUACCGUCUGCCAUACUUCCUUCAGAAGAACCAGUGGAUGUACGAAUGCUGAGCUUUGAUAAAAACCCAUUUUCUUGGAAGGAGGGGGGUAACAUCAGUGGAUUCAUAGGUUCUCUGUCCCUCACAACAACAGAUGGAUCUGGUAUCCCUGUGGAGAACAUAAGGGAGGAUAUAGAGAUUCUGCUGCCAAGGCCUGCCGGAGAGCAAGUGAACACCUCUAUUCUGUACCUGGGGAACUUCAGCACAACAGUUAUUGAUAUUCCUUCAGCCGAAGCUACCCUGGUGUUAAAGAUGAUGCCUUCAAAAGAUCCUUUACCCUUCAAAGUCCUCCUUGGUUAUAAUCACUACCCUACUGAGACAAAUUAUGUAGCGGCAACAGAGAUGCCUCAGCAGGGAGCCACACAAGAGGAGAAAUACACAUGGAUGAUACAACCUGAGGAUUUAAAGGGAAACACUGGAGUGUAUUAUCUUGUUGUGAGACCCAUAGUGGGCCCAGGUAUAAAAUCUGUCAAUGCCAGUUUAUCAAUUACACCCAUCACAGCCUCAUGUAAAUUUUGGAAUGAAUCACAACUGGACUGGAGCAAUUAUGGAUGCAGAGUUGGUGUCAACACUACACAUUUAGAAACCCAGUGCCUCUGCAACCACCUCACUUUCUUUGGGAGCUCAUUCUUUGUCACUCCCAACCUCGUUGACCCAUCACGCACUGCUGAGCUAUUUGCAACCUUUGCCAACAAUCCUGUGGUUGUGUGCUUCGUGGGGGCACUCUUUGUGGCUUAUCUGUUGGUAGUUGUGUGGGCAAGACGAAAAGAUAUUCAAGACACAGCCAAGGUAAAGGUGACAGUGCUGGAGGACAAUGACCCAAUGGACGAAUAUCGCUACCUGUUGAGUAUCUGUACUGGCCAUCGUAUAGGAGCCUCCACAUCUUCUCAGGUAACAGUUACUCUGCUGGGAACAGAAGGAAACAGCGAGCCACAUCACUUGACAGAUGCAAAGAAACGUGUGUUUGAAAGGGGAGCGGUGGAUAUGUUCCUGCUAACUACACCCUUCUCCCUGGGAGACCUGCAGGGAAUCAGACUGUGGCACAAUAACUCGGGAAGCCAUCCAGCCUGGUAUGUAAGCAAUGUCAUGGUGCAGGACUUGGAGACGAAACAGAAAUGGCAUUUUCUGUGCAAUUCCUGGCUAUCCAUAGACAUUGAGGAUUGUUCCCUCGAUAAAGUAUUUCCUGUUUCAACAGAGAUGGAUCUAAAGGGGUUCAGUAAUUUGUUCUUCAUGAAGACAACAAAGGAUUUCAGUGAUGGACACCUCUGGUAUUCUGUGAUCAGUCGACCACCGAGCAGCAAUUUCACCUGUGUGCAAAGAGUGUCCUGCUGUUUUUCUCUGCUGCUCUGCACUAUGCUGACCAAUAUCAUGUUUUAUGGGAUCCCAACGGAUCCUUCUGAGCAGACAAUGGACCUAGGGGCUUUUCAGUUUACUUGGCAGCAGUUCAUGAUUGGAGUUGAGAGUUCCCUUAUUAUGUUUCCAGUCAAUAUCCUCAUAGUUAGUGUUUUCAGAUUCACUCGUCCUCGGAAGACUUCUUGUUGCCUGCGCAAAAACAAAAAAAUAAACACACAAGGGCAGGCGAGUACUUUGCAGACUGUUUCCUCACAGACUGCCACAAUGAACACGAGUCCCAGUGCCUCUUUAGAUGUUAUCAUUAAGGACAUCACAAAAAUUGCCCACUCACUCUCUAAGACUGCAAAAAGCAACGUCCCAUGCAAGCAGUCUGAGUUUGGGCCUGGACAAGAGAAUGAUAUCAAUGCUAUUCUUUCUGUGGUGAAAGACUUCAUCAAGCAGAAUAAAGCUACUGACAACACUGAGCCAAAAACACAGCCUCGGGUAGCAGAUAGCGGAGCUCAUGCAGCACCAACAGAGGGGGCGAUUCAAAAGAAGAGCAAUAAAACCCAUUAUCUGUACCGACAACUGUGUCACAUCGACAGUGAGUUGAGUCAGCUGGGUCCCUCCAGCUUCCCAGAUCCACACAGCUAUAACCAGGCACUGCAGCAAGUCCAGAGCAUGAAGAGCUUGCUUGAAGAUCAGCUGUUCACUUCCAACAGUGUCAGUCCGAAUGAGCUCACCAGCAAAACGGUCAGUCCAUCAGGCAGUACUGAUGUUGAUGGCAGUCAGAAAAAAAGGACGUGUUGUCACAGAGGUCUACCCUGGUGGUUUGUUUUUGUCGGCUGGCUGCUGGUGAUUGCAACCAGUGUUAUAGCUGGAUAUUUCACAAUGCUUUAUGGGUUGAAAUUUGGGAAAGAGCGCUCCAUAAGUUGGCUGGUAUCCAUGAUUAUUUCCUUCUUUCAGAGUCUCCUCCUUAUUCAGCCACUAAAGGUCUUAUGUUUGGCAAUCUUCUUUGCUCUUGUAAUAAAAAAGGUUGAUGAGGAAGAUUUUCAAAAUGUCCCAUUCGAAAGAAACGACAGAAAUAUCGGUGACUGUAACGGCCAACACAUAAUUCGACAGCAUGGUGGUUUGUAUGAGCCGCCUCCUCCUGCAGACAUAGAAAAGAUGAGAAGGAACAUGAUAAUGGAACGGAAAGCCUUUGCUCUACUCAGGGAGAUACUGAUCUACAUGGGGUUCCUGUGGAUGCUGCUGCUGGUGGCACACGGCCAGAGAGAUCCUAAUGCUUUUUACCUAAACACACACAUUACACAAAGCUUCUGUGGAGACAUCCAGGACAGCGUGAGUGCUACGGAUAUAUUCAACUGGGCCAACACAACUCUGCUCACAAACCUCUUUGGAGUUUAUCCAGGAUUUAUCACUGAUGGAAACUCCAAGCUCAUCGGUAAUGCACGUCUUCGUCAGUUGAGAGUGCAGAAGAAGUCCUGUCAGACCGCAGGUGUCAUGCUUAAGGUUAUGGCAGACUGUAAUGCUCCAUAUUCAUGGGAAGCAGAGGACACGGGCUCCUAUGAACCUGGCUGGAACAAGCAGGCUGGGGAUAACAUCUCUACAAGCACUUCCAGUCCGUGGAAGUACCAGACACAAGCUCAACUCAGGGCUUACCCCAUCUGGGGCAAAAUGGUGCUCUACAGAGGGGGAGGCUUUGCAGUGGAGCUUGGCCCAGAUUUGCAAAAUGCAAGCAGCACCCUCGAGGAUCUGUUCAAUAAUAAGUGGUUAGAUAUGUACACGCGGGCCAUCUUUGUUGAGUUCACUGUUUAUAAUGCAAAUGUGAACCUCUUCUGCGUUGUCACGCUUUUGCUAGAAACCGCAGCUGUAGGAACAUUUCAAAUACAAAGUGACGUUCAGAGUAUUCGUCUCUACCCAUCAGCUGGCAGCCUUCGCAUCUUCGUUAUGACUGCCGAGAUUAUUUAUUUGAUUUUCAUCCUCUAUUACAUGUUCAUCCAGGGCAAAUUAAUGAAGCAGCAGCGCUGGCUUUACUUCAAGAACAAAUGGAACCUUCUGGAGCUCACGAUCAUCCUACUGAGCUGGAGUGCUGUGGCUGUUUUUACCAAGAGGACUCUGCUCGGGAACCGUGAUGUAACAUACUACCAAAACCACAAAGACAAAUUUGCCAGUUUUUACGAGACAGCCACAGCUGACUCGUUGCUUCAGUAUCUGAUCGCCUUCCUGGUCCUGCUUGCCACUAUCAAGCUGUGGCACCUGCUUAGACUUAAUCCAAAGAUGAACAUGAUGACAGCGGCACUGCACCGAGCCUGGACUGACAUAGCUGGUUUACUUAUGAUCCUUGUGAUCAUGUUGGUGGCUUAUUCCAUUGCAUGCAACCUGAUUUAUGGCUGGAAACUUUCAUCUUAUAAAACUUUCGUGGAUGCUCUCAUGACUGUCAUCAGUUUGCAGAUUGGGAUCUUUAAUUAUGAUGAGGUCCUGGACAACAAUCCUCUUCUUGGUGGGUUACUCGUUGGUUCCUGCAUAAUCUUUAUGACAUUUGUGGUGCUCACUCUCCUCCUUUCAGUGAUCAUUGGAGCUUUCAAUCAGGAACAAAGAAACCACAAGCCUUCUGAGGAAGAUGAGAUUGUUGACCUGCUGCUGAGGAAAAUCUGCAGUCUUUUUGGCAUCAAAUAUAAACACGUGAAAGACACUCAGAACCCUCCUGUGAAUGGCAGCAGUGACUACAGCAGAAACAUCCUCAACACUUCCACCCCUGAUGUCAAAAUUUUUUAGAUGUCUGACAAAUUCGUGAACCCCUAAGGACAUACUGUAUUUGUAUUUUUUGGUGUUUUCUCAUUUGCUUUUUUCCUUUUGGGAGGUCAGAGCAUGCUGUACUGUUUUGUGAAUGUGUGUGAUAGAUUAUCAUCACACACAGAACUACAUUAUUUGUUAAAAUAAGAUAUUUUAUUUAUUUAGAGAAUGAUAGAUGCAAUGUUUUUUUCCUC